GUCCAGAGAACAGGAAGCUGAUUGAGUCUCUAGGAAAACUGGCUUUUGAUCAGCUGCUGAAGGGAAACCUGAUCUUCUAUGACAAAGAUCUCACACAGUGCGGCAUCAACAUCCAAGAUGCUGCGUUGUUCUCAGGAGUUUUCACUGAGAUGUUUAAAAGAGAGAAAGGGACACGCGACGUCUCCGUCUACUCCUUUGUUCAUCUGAGCAUCCAGGAGUUUCUGGCUGCAGUCUACAUGCUCCACUGCUUCACCAGCUGGAAGUCAGAGGAGAUCAAGACGUUCCUGGGAGACGAAUACAGAGAAACAUCUCUAGAUGAGUUCAUGAAGGAAGUCAUGGAGAAAUCCCUCCGCAGUAAAAAUGGCCACCUGGACCUGUUUGUCCGCUUCCUUCAUGGUCUCACUGUGGAGUCCAACCAGAGAGACUUAGAAGAUCUGCUGGGUCAGACAGAGACCAGUCCAGAAACCAUCCAGAGAAUCAUCACCAACCUGAAGGAGAUGAACGCUGAUAGAAUCUCUCCUGACAGAAGCAUCAACAUCUUCUACUGUCUGGUGGAGAUGAACGACGUCUCAUUUUAUCAGGAGAUCCAACGGCUGCUGGAUUCAGGGCAGCAGCUCUCAGUGACUAACUGUUCAGCUCUGGCCUUCAUGCUGCAGAUGUCAGAGAAGGUUCUGGAUGAGUUGGACCUGGAGAAGUACAACACAUCAUCAUCAAUGGACGACAGAGACUGGUUCCAGCUGUGAGGAACUGCAGAAAGGCUCGACUUGGUGACUGUUUGCUCCAAAAGGCUGAAUGUAAAGUUUUGGCCUCGGCUCUGAAGUCCAACCCAAAUCUGACUGAACUGGAAAUAAAUCAGAUCAACAUAGUGGAAGGUGGAGAAUCUGAUAUGAAGCAUCUGGUUGAGAUCCUGGAGAAUUCAGUCAGUAAAGUGAAGAAACU